AUGGCCCUGGCUAUUACUUCUGCACUCUCAACCAUCCCAAGGAGGUUUCUGAUUGAGUACAGGGAAGUGCCUUGGAAAUUUUGCCCAGGAAAAGUAAAACCAUGCAUACUGGGAAGAAGAACAACCAGUUUAAAUGCAACAAAAGGAGUGUCAAGUGUGUGUGAACCACUCCCUCCAGAUAGGCCAUUGUGGUUUCCUGGUAGCUCACCUCCAGAGUGGCUUGAUGGCAGCCUUCCUGGUGAUUUUGGCUUUGACCCCCUUGGAUUAGGGUCUGAUCCUGAGUUACUAAAAUGGUUUGCACAAGCUGAGCUGAUGCAUGGCAGAUGGGCAAUGCUGGCAGUGUCUGGAAUUCUAAUACCAGAGUGGCUUGAAAGAUUAGGGUUUAUUGAGAACUUCUCAUGGUUUGAGGCUGGUGAGAGAGAAUACUUUGCAGACCCCACAACCCUGUUUGUGGUGCAGUUAGCAUUAAUGGGGUGGGUUGAGGGAAGGAGAUGGGCUGACAUAAUUAACCCUGGGAGUGUUGAUAUUGAGCCUAAGCUUCCUCACAAAAAGAACCCAAAACCAGAUGUUGGGUACCCUGGUGGGCUAUGGUUUGAUCCCAUGAUGUGGGGAAGAGGAUCUCCUGAGCCUGUGAUGGUGUUGAGAACAAAGGAGAUAAAAAAUGGGCGCCUUGCAAUGCUGGCUUUUGUGGGGUUCUUGUUCCAAGCCAUUUAUACAGGGAAAGAUCCCAUUGAGAAUUUGAUGGCUCAUAUUGCAGAUCCUGGUCACUGCAACAUAUUUUCGGCUUUCACUUCACAAUAUUGA